AUUGUUUAAAAUAAAAGGUUUGGAUAUUAAAUUGUAUUUACCCUUUAUUUUUUGUCUUUCUUGUCCGAAGCAGAGGUCAGUGGCGACGGGAAAAAAUGAUGAUCGGUAAUACGAACCCAUUUUAGCAGACACCUAACCCUAGCCGCUAUUUUCUACCCGAUUUUGCUCUCUGUCUGGCAAACAGAAAGAAGGAAAAGAAACCUUUUUUCGGUCUGCCUCUUUUCUUUCCUCUUUCUGCUCAAAUCUUCUUCCACUCAAAUCUCUCUUCUUCUUCUCUAGAUACGACGCGGAGACCGAGAGAAAGAAGCGACGGCGGAGGCGAAGGGAGUACAGCAGUGUACGCCGUGAUGAAGAUCGACGGCGGCAGAGGGAAAGGAGCACGUGGUCGCGGCCGGCGAAAGACUUACCGGCGAUGGACACGGCGGCGGUUCUGGGUAUCACCGACGGUGAGGGAAGGGACGGGGAAAAGCGAACUGAGGAGAAAGUGAGGUCACUGCCGGCGAGCACUGGCGGCGUCGCCGGCGGCUGAUGCAGCGGAGGC